UCGGCGGUCGUCGACCCAGCCGGCGUCCUCGUGUGUCGGCGUGCGCGUGCAGAUCAGCGGCACCAUGUACAACACGGGCAAGUACAUCUCGCUCCGCCUGGACAAGGAGCACCUGGUGAACGUGUCGGGCGGUCCCAUGACCUACAACCACCGCCUGGAGGAGGUCCGCAUCCACUUCGGCAGCGAGGACAGACAGGGCUCGGAGCACCUCCUCAACGGGCAGGCGUUCCCCGGAGAGGUUCAGCUCAUCCAUUACAACCACGAGUUGUAUCCCAACGCGUCGGAGGCUGCGCGGAACCCCAACGGACUGGUCGCCGUCUCCAUAUUCAUCAAGGUGUCAGAAUCUCCAAAUCAGUUUCUGGAUAAACUCCUGAACCGAGACACUAUCACGAGGAUCACGUACAAGAACGACGCGUACCUGCUGCGCGAGCUCUCGGUGGAGGACGUCUACCCCGAGACGCAGAGCUACAUCACGUACGACGGCUCACUCACCACGCCGCCGUGCCACGAGACCGUCACCUGGAUCAUCAUGAACAAGCCCACGUACAUCACCCGCGUGCAGAUGCACUCGCUGAGGCUCCUGAGCCAGAGUCAGCCGUCGCAGAUUUUCCACAGCAUGUCGGACAACGUGCGCCCGACGCAGGGCCUCAACAACCGAUGCAUCCGCACCAACAUCAACUUCAGCCAGCCCGGGAAGGACUGCCCCAACAAGAAGCCGCAGAAGCUGCAGUACAGAGUUAAUGAAUUGAUUCUGAAAUAAUGAAGAUGUGAGCAACGGCCUUGACUGCAGCACUUUGAAUGUUGUUGAGGCAGAACACCAAUUUACAAAUACUGGACAAAAAAGAUUUUACAGAGCUAAAAGAUAAAAUAUAUACGACAGCUAAUCCCGGCUGUAAUUGUGUACAUUUCGUAAACAAUAAGAAAACUCGGUGCCAGGGCACUGUCCCUGACACUUGCUCGUAAAGCGACGCCACCGCGGCCGACGGGGACCCAUCGCGCCCAUGAAGACGCCACUCGAAGACACGGAUCACCGGAGUCUCGUUGCGAGGAGGGGAGAGGAGGGGCGACGAGUCUCGUGACAGCUACGACGUCCACCACCACCACCGCCACCACGGCGCUGAAAUACCCGGUGCCAUUCCACGAUGCCAGGAACGAUUCACAAAACCCGGCGGUAAUGAAGGCAGAAAGUUCCCGACUUCGAAUACAAAUGCUGCUUGACAAAAGGCGCAUCAAAGGGGCGUUUUGAAGCAGACAAUCCGAGGGAGGAGGAAGUGCGCUCUCCACUUCAAAGGACCUUUACCGGACUAAUGACUGCAUUCUGCCGUUGGGUACGGUGCGAGAGCCGGCACGAUGCGUGCACUUGCAGCGCGGACAGACGCGGGGUUGCUGGGGGCCCACGGUCAUCGCAUGCACACGGACACGCACGCACGCGCACACACUCACUCACACACGCACACGCACGCACACUCACGCACGCACACUUACGCACACGCACACACACACGAACACACGUGCACGCACUCACACACACACUCGAGCUGAUUCAGUCAAAGAGUUCUGUCACAGCCUUUGCUGCCUGGGGGGACUGGGCCUGCGUAAAGCACAUCCCGUCACACACACUCUCGCCAGGGCCUCCACUCACACGUGUGGUGUGUAGAUGUACACUUAGACCACAGUGCAUAUGCGACCAACUUCGGGAAUGCAACGUUAUAUGUACGGUGGGGGACAGGGGUAUGGGGUAGGGGUGCACAGGGGCAUUGUUAUUUUAUUCCCAGCUGGCGAGCGGAGGGAGGAAGCGUCGCGACGGGGCCGCGCUGCGCUCCCACGCGCUCAUGGUCCGCUCCCACGUGCUCAUGGUCCGCUCCCACGUGCUCAUGGUCCGCUCCCCGGCGGGCGGCGUGCGAGCCACCCGGGGGGGGGGGGGUCUCCCGAGACGGCUCGGCUGCGCGCAAAUUGUGAAUGCCGCGGUUAUUGUCGUGUGGAUAAUGACGGCGGUGGUAAUUAUUGAUCAAUAUAUUCUGGCAAACAAAAAAUGUGCAGCUCAGCUUCUGUGGCCAGUGCAUUCAUUUUUGAGGCUGCGGUUCAGGCAUAGGUAGCAUUCGACACGCUCCGGUGGCUGCUUGAGGCCAACGGCUUCUGCCUUGUGUACAAUCGCAGAUGAGGUCGAGCGAAGAGGUUGUCGCGUUGGAACGGAGGUAACGGAAGUAAGUUACGGAGCUCGUCAAGUUCAUCGCUUUUUGACAGUUGCCUAAAAGUGUGUUUGUUUUUUAGUCCACACUUGCCCAUUCACUCAAACUCAACAGCCAAAGUAGAAUCUUCUUCAAGAAAGGGCUCAGCCUACAAAGCAAAGCAAUUUUCUUGACCAGAUAUGUUUGUGUGGUUUAAACUAAAUAAAAUAAUUCUAUUGCAAUGGCUGACAAGCCUCUUGGACCUAAUUUGAAUUCAUUCGGACCCUGUCAAGUACAAAGCAAUGGGCAAAACUUUGUCAUUUAUAAAUGUGUUUUUAAGUUGCACAAGUUGUUAUUGUCGUCGUCGUCGUCGUCGUCUCUGUUGGCAUGACAUGAACAGUUUGCAGUUUGCAGCCUCAUGGGGGUGUGCUCGGUGGCGCACGUAAAGUGUCGGAACUAAAAUAGUCUGGGCAUGGGGGCGCACGGGCAGCGCAAUGACUGGCCCAGCCAAGCGAGCUGGGGCCUUGGCAGAGACGCGUGGAUCACCGCUCGUGCUGCUCCAUUGCCUGCCAAGGAGAUACACGUUUGGUCACUUGGCCCAUUCUCCGCAAAGCCACUGACAAUGAAAACAAUCAGGCAGCACUUGUGUGUAAGGUUGUAUCCGACCCCACGGACAUCCAUGGAUUGGCUUUCAUUUACUCCUGCAGAAAAAUGUCGAAAGCAGGUGAUUUUGCAGAAUUCUAUUACCAUGCUCUGCACAAUUUAUUGGAAAGCAGCUUGUAUGACUCGUCCUUGCUGUGUCCGCUUCUCAGCCCCAGCGAUGAUCUUGAAGAUAUUAUUAUCUGAAUUGCUCGAGCGUUACUCCGUCGUCGUUUCAUUGUUUUAUUUUCGCCACGCGCGUCACCGGUGUGCGGCGAUGCCGACGUCGGGGAGGUCGAGUGCCCGAGGGGAACAGGCGCGAUGACGAGACGGUGGUCGUCGUGGCGUGCGGCAUCGUUUAGCCCCAGCGCUGCCGCCUGCGCUCGUGAACGCUUGGAGGCUGCGUGAGGGCUUCGCGUGAGCCCAGCGAGCCCUUGAAUAGGCAGGCCACCCGCAAGGAUUGAAAGAGACAGGCAAAUACUCUGUUAUGUGUCGAAAUGAAUAAGCAGAUAUUGGGAACAUUAUUGCAUGGACCAGUUUAAUAUAUCAAAGUAUUGCGUUGGGGUUUUUUUUUCCUUUCAAUUGCAGCCUAGAAAAGCUUUCGGUCAGUUGGAUAACUUUGAUAUGAAGUAUAUUUUGCGUUUGUUUAUUUAGUUAUGGUGGGCGUGGGCGGCGAGCGGUUGUUCCGUUAAUUUUCAAAGUAUGCCAAUUGUUGACAGUUUCUUUGUUUUCCCGUCUAGUCCAUUUAAGUAUAUUGACUUGAAUUGCAGUGGUGUUCAGGACUAUUAAUCAGACAUGAAUUUAUCUGGAAAUAAAGUACAUUUAAUUUGA